UCGUUCGGAAAGCUCGCGCGCCCUGAAAGCAUGCAAAGGAGCAGCAGCAGCAGCAGCAGCAGCAUCAUAGGCACUGCUGGCCCCAGGCUCAUGGAAGUGAGCAGGGAUGCUGCCCCAUUGCUCCUCCCGCCAGCCCCCAUGGUAGCCCUGCCUGAAGCAGAGGGUAUUCAUAAUUAUUCCCUCUCGGAUAUCCCUGCCACUCGAGAACAGCUCUGCCACUAUCGUAAUGCAGCAGAAACAGCCCGCAGUGAACUUGCAGCACUCCUAGUAAAGUAUGAAUGUGCUCAGGCAGAGCUUUUAGAUCUCAAAUCCAAAAUAACAGCUAAAGAAGUAUAUAUUGAAGAACUGAAGGCUGAAAUUGGAAGCUAUAAGGAGAAUGAUGCUAGGCAAUCAUCUUUACUCAUGUCUAUACAAAGUAGACUCCAAGAGAUUGAGAAGGAAUCUGCUACAGUUGCCAUUUUGAAAAAACAAGGGGAUCAGAAAACACAGGCAGUUCUCCAGGAGAAUUUGGAACUAAAGGAGAAAGUGAAUGAACAAGAAUCAGAAAUCAGAAAGUUUUUGAAUGCAUCUGAAGAGAGCAAGACCCAAGCCUCUAAGGCCAGCAGGAAACACUGCGAGUUCAUUGCAGAUGUUUGUCAUUUCUUUGACAUGGACAUAAGAGGGAAAGAAGACCCACAGAAACUUCUGCUUGCAAAGAUUGGAGACAUGCACAAAGAAAAUGCUAUGCUAAAAGGACAAAUUGCUACACUGAAAGAGACCAUAAAUGUUCAUGAGGUGGAAUCAAAAGCUAAUAGAGAAACUAUCACAAGGCUCGCCUCAGAACUGAGCAAAGAGCAGAAAAAGACAACAGCCUGCUCUCAGGACAUGGAAGAGCUAAGUAAAGAUUUAAACAUCACUAAAAGAGCUAAGCAGAGUCUCGAGAAGGAAAUAAGGAACCUUCAAGACAGACUGGAUGCCAGUCAAAGAGCCUGGGAAGCUUCACAAGAAGAAAUGAGCCUCUUAAAGAAAUGCUGCAGUGAAAAAGAGGAGACACUGAAAAGUAGCAUAGAUGAGGCCAGGGUUACAAAAAAUGUGCACAAUGCAUUCAAGGAGAAAAUUGUUACUGUGCUUAGGAGCAAUUCUAUUAUGGUCAGUCCAUCUACAGAGGACAUUUUGGAACAAGUUUGCGACAUGUGCAACAGGGAGGAGAGCAAAAAUACGAUCGUAUCUCAGCUCGAAGCCCAGAUAACUAAACUUACCAAGACACUGGAGACUCAGAAUGUGUUGCACCAGGAGGCUUUGCAAAGGACCAGAAAAGCUGAAAACAAUUCUGAGACACUGCACAAUCAAUUGAUGCGUCUGGAAGGGGAACUGGUGUCUGGGGAUGUGAUACGAGAUGCUCUGAAGCUUGAGAAGCAAAAAUAUCUGAAGUUUCUGGAUCAACUUUCUGAAAAGAUGAAUAUAGAUAAAAUGGCAGCUGAUAUUGGAUUUGAUAUGAGAUUGGAUGCAGUAUUGGCUCGUGUGGAACAAUUAAUCAAACUGGAAGGAGACAAAUUGACAGAAAAUAAGAUCAUAGCACGGAAUCUGCAACGGAAGCUGAAAACUCAGAAAGAGCAACUUGAAAACAAGGAGCUACACAUGAAACUUUUGCGUCAGAAGAUAGUUCAGCUCGAAGAAGAGAAGCAAGUGCGCACAGCCCUGGCAGUGGAAAGAGAUGAGGCCAAUCUCACUAUUAGAAAGUUACAAAAAAAAGUGGAUAGAUUACAGAAUGAACUUGCCUUAGCAAGAGAAGCAAACACAGACCUUAAGGUUAAAUUGGCUGACACCAAUGAAUUGAAGAUCAGAACGCUGGAACAGGACAAAACCAUAGAAGAUCUAAGCAAGUCCCAAGAGAAACUGGAAAAGAUGAAGGUGAAGGCUGAAAGCCAGCUGACCUCUGUUAAGUCUGAGUUACAUGUCGUAGAACGGGAAGCAAAGGAAGAUAAAGAGAAGGCCAAAAAUAUGUUGGAAUCUGUUACCAGUGAACUGACAAUGCUUAAAUCUGCUUUAGAAGAAGUAACAAAAAGAAAGAGACAACUGUCAGACUUCAGAGAAGUCAUCUCCCGUAUGCUGGGCCUCAAUAUUACCACUAUUGCUCUUCCUGACUACGAAAUAAUUACUCGUCUGGAGGACCUGAUCCAUUCUCAUCAGCAUCGUCUUGUUCCUUGUGCCUGCUUCAGAGAUGGACCAUUGCAGCUUCUUCACUGAAAGAAGGCAGUGGAAUUUCCUUUUUUCUGCUUCUCCUCUUCUCUUUGCCAAUGUAAAUGUUCCAGAACUUGACUCCAGAGCACUAAAACACUGUUAGUCCACUGUUUAACAAAAUCCUGUUCUCCAAGUGUGAAAGCCUUUUAAUAGUGUCAGUACUACUUUUUCUCAAUGUGAACUUUAAGUACGCAGGAAGUAUUUUAAUAAACAGUAUUUUCUUUAUUGCUGAAAAGCUUAUGUACUCAGUCUCAAGAACUGAAAGAACAAAGUAAUCAUUAUUAUCUAGGAAUGGAAGCUCUACUCAUUGACAUUGCCUGAGCUCAGUGUUGGACAUUUCCACCUGAAAUCUUUCUGGAGGUAAAUAUGCGGGGGGGGGGGGGGGGAAUUAGUUUGAUAAUGAUUUAAUUUUUUCUACAUAUAACGGAGUGUAAUUGGGAAACAUUUUAAACUGCUAUAAUGCUUUAUUUAAAAACAAACCGAAAGACAGUGUAUCUGUGACUGUUUCCCUCAUAUUAACUGUCAAUUUUACAAUAUUUGCUUUUAUUAUGGAAGUGUACUAGCAUCUAUGUUAGUCUAGCCAAAACAAAUAAAAAUAAGUCUAACAUGAACAAAGUUCAGAGAGUUUUUGAACUGUGCAAUGUAAUUAGCUGCCUGAUAAAAACAAAACCUUAAUAUCUCCUCAAUUUUGGGAUGAGAAAAAUAUAGUGGCAGUAAUUUUCACCUGACAAGUUAAUAUUAUUUAAACGCCCAUUUGGAUUUUCUACACAUAAGUUUAUAUCAAGAUUCAUUCAUAGGUUCCACAGAAAUUUAAAUUGUGUAUUUAGCAUAUACAGUGCCAUAACAGUAUAGCCUACUGUAAAUAUGACUGGGAGUCAGGGGCCAGCCCAAGCCGAUAGUUGUGAUUUGUGUGCCUCAAUGAAACAAGGUAGAACAUCAAUCUAUUGGUUUUGUGUGUGUGUAGGAAAUCAUUUCACUAAUGUUGGAAGUCCUUUGUACAACUAUGAUAUAUGUUAUGGUUCAACAACUAUAAAUGUACACAACUAUUUUCCAGUUACUGAUUUCAUUUUAAUUUAGUUAUGCUUUGGACUGCAGUCACUGAUAAUCAGUAGUGAAGUGAUAAAAAUGUCAUUGCUAUAGAUUUACCAUGGAAAGUCAGUUUUAAUGUUUGUACUCACCAUAAAUAAAAUUCUGAUCAUUUAAGAAAAUUAAA